AUGUCUAUAACAUUCUUUGUCACUGGUGAUAAUCAUCUUGGAUAUUAUGAAAAGAAUUUAACACUGAAAGAUGAUUGUUAUAAAUUAUUUGAACAGUACUUAAAAGAAGCAACACAAAAAGAAGGAAGUAUUUUGCUUCAAUGUGGUGAUUUAUUCAAUGACUUAAGACCAAACAAGUCAUGUGUUUCAAAGACAGCAAAUCUAAUAAAAAAGUAUUGUAUUGGAGAUGCAGAUAUUCCGUAUACAAUAAAAGAUGAAGCUGAAUUAUCAUAUCCAUUAAAUAUAACAGAUCCAUAUAUUAAUGUAAAACAUCCACUAUUCACAAUUCAUGGAACAAAUGAUGAGCCAAGUGGAUAUAAAUUAAUUGCAGGAAGUGAAAUAUUAGCGUCAUGUGGAUUAGUGAAUUAUAUUAGUCCAAAAUCAUUUGAAGAAGAAAAAAUGUUAAAACCAGUUAUUAUAGUAAAUGAGCAUACCAAAAUUGCUUUGUAUGGAUUAUCUGUUUUAUAUUCCAGUGAUCUUGAUGAGAUUGUGGAAGAUGAAACUUUUCAUAUAAAAAAACCAAAUGGAAAUGAUUGGAUUUGUAUUCUUCUUCUUUACAUUGGUAAAGGAACUAUAAGCCAAACAACAAAAGACAUUAUAGAAAAACAUUUUAAUAUUAUUAUUUUAGGUG